UAUAAAUAAUCGUUUAAAGCGUUAUCCUUCUCUUCCUGUUAGGGCUGGGAAGAUAGCAGUCAAAACCCUAAUUCUCGUAUCUCCAACUCUCGGACGUAUUCAGCCAUGUCAAGGAGGAAGGUCAGGGAACCCAAGGAGGAGAAUGUGACACUUGGACCUACAGUCCGAGAGGGGGAGAAUGUGUUCGGUGUGGCCCACAUUUUUGCAUCAUUUAAUGACACAUUCAUUCAUGUGACUGAUUUGUCAGGGCGAGAAACCAUUGUCCGGAUUACUGGAGGUAUGAAAGUCAAAGCUGACAGGGAUGAGUCUUCACCAUAUGCAGCCAUGCUUGCAGCCCAAGAUGUUGCACAGCGGUGCAAAGAGCUUGGUAUUACUGCUCUGCAUAUCAAGCUUCGUGCUACUGGUGGGAACAAGACAAAGACACCUGGUCCUGGUGCCCAGUCUGCACUUAGAGCCCUUGCUCGGUCUGGAAUGAAAAUUGGUCGCAUUGAGGAUGUGACUCCAAUUCCCACCGACAGCACUCGCAGAAAGGGUGGUAGAAGAGGAAGGAGGCUGUGAGUUUUGUUUUGCAAUGCCAAAGCAUUUGCGGUGGUGCAGGUUUAGGGGGGUUCGUUCCAGUAGAGGCUGUUUCUAUUUGAACAAUUUUGUAGUUUGGCAUUUUUUUCUAUUAUUAUAUAAAACAGAAGUGGGACUAGUUCUCUCUUUUAUGGAUGGUUAGGUUUUGUUGUUUUGAUCAACUCAUUCUUCUAUCAACAUAGUUUUCGAUUAUAUAUGGAUCAGAGUUACGAUUGGGUACA